AUGUUAGAUCCAAAACUUGAAGUUUCAGAUGAACUUGCUACAAAUAACAAUGCUAUUUUCAUAACUCCUCAACAAUCACCUGUUUGUAACAAUAAUAAUAGCCAUAAUUCAGCUUUUGCUGUUGUUCAUAAUCAACAGCAACAACAUACUGCUAAUAAUAACUGUUUUGAUAUUGUUGAUUUUACUCGGAAUAAUAACAUGUAA